GGGAACGCCACGGCCCCGCCCCGCCAUGGCGCCAGAGGAGACCGCGGACGCCGCGAGCCUGCUGUGGAGUUUCGAGCGCCGCUUCCUGGCGGCGCGCGCACUGCGCACUUUCCCCUGGCAGAGCCUAGAAGAGAAAUUAAGAGACUCGUCAGGUUCUGAGCUGUUGCUGGAUAUUUUGCAGAAGACCGUGCACCAUCCUCUGUGCAUGAGGCAUCCACCACCGGUAAAGUACGCCCGCAGCUUCCUCUCGGAGCUCAUCAGAAAGCAUGAGGCUGUCCACACGGAGCCUCUGGACGAGCUGUACGAGGUGCUGGCGAAAGUCCUGAUGGCCGAGGAGUCCACCCACUGCCACCGGAGCUAUCUGCUGCCUUCCGGGGACGCAGUCACGCUGGCUGAGAGCUCAGCCAUCAUCUCCCACGGCACCACGGGCCUGGUCACGUGGAACGCCGCCCUCUACCUCGCAGAGUGGGCCCUGGAGCACCCGGCGGCCUUUGCUCACAGGACUGUCCUCGAGCUGGGCAGUGGAGCCGGCCUCACGGGCCUGGCCAUCUGCAAGACGUGCCAUCCCCGCGCGUUCGUCUUCAGCGACUGUCACAGCCUUGUCCUCGAGCAGCUCCGCGGGAACGUCCUUCUCAAUGGCUUCUCAUUGGAGCCGAGUGUCAGCGCCCCCUCCGAGCCCCCAGGACACGACACCCCCCAGGCGGAGAGCCCCAGGGUGACAGUGGCCCGGCUGGACUGGGACGUGGUGACAGUCCCUCAGCUCGCGGCCCUCCAGCCAGACAUUGUCAUUGCAGCAGAUGUGCUGUACUGCCCGGAAACUCUCCUCUCCCUGGUCGGGGUACUGCAGAAGCUCUCUGCGUGCCGGAAGGACCAGCGGGCUCCUGAUGCCUACGUUGCCUUCACUGUCCGCAACCCGGAGACGUGCCAGCUGUUCAUCACGGAGCUGGACCAAGCUGGGAUCCUGUGGGAAGUGGUGCCUGGUCAUGAUCAGAAGCUGUUCCCCUAUGAAGAGCGCUUGGAGAUGACAAUUCUGAAACUAACACUGUAGGUUUACAGUUUUGAAAAAUAAUGUGAAAAUUAAAUCACCAUCUUAGGACUUUUUUGGCCGCACCCACAGAUGCAUGAGUUCUGGGGCCAGGGAUCAAGCCUGCGCCACAGCAGUGACAGCACCUCAACCUGCUGAGCCAGCAGGGAACUCCCCUAGAAAUAAUUUUUUGUUUUUUUAUUCCAGUUGACUUACAAUGUUCUGUUGAUUUCUGCUGUAAAUAUACAGAAUUUUUAUGUGGGAAAGCUGCUAAAAUGUCCAUUGGACUUGAAUGUUUGAGGAACAUUAAAUUCUGAAUCAGGAACCGCAAACGCUGUUCCACAUUAAACUGUUCAAGUGUG